ACCGUUGCGCGGCAACGCGGGAGCCGGCGGAAAUGGGGCUUGUGUCCCGCGGCUCGGCCGCGGCGGGGCUGUGCUCCGGGGUUACUGCCGUCCGUCCGGGCGCGCCGGGCGCGGUCCGCAGCCCCAUUCCUACCCCGCCGCCCGAGGGCGCGGCCUCCGGGAGCCGCCGUGUCCCUGACAUGGUGCUCAAGGCCUUCUUCCCCACAUGCUGUGCCUCGGUGGACAGUGGCCUGCUGGUUGGACGGUGGUUCCCAGAGCAGAGCAGCGCCGUGGUCCUGGCUGUGGUGCACUUUCCCUUCAUCCCCAUCCAGGUCAAGGAGCUCUUGGCCCAGGUGCAACAGGCCAGCCAGGUUGGGGUGGCUGUGCUGGGCACCUGGUGCCACCACCGGCAGGAGCCCAAGGAGAGCCUGGGCCACUUCAAGGAGGGUCUAAGUGCCAUCUUCUUCCAUGAGCCCUGGCUCCAGCUGUGCCGGGAGAGGAGCAGCAAGUUGUGGAGCUGCAAGGGCACCCGCUGGCAGGUGCCCACCUCACCUGGUGCCCCCGGUGAGGACCAGGUCGUGCUCAUCCUCUAUGACCAGCGCCAGGUGCUGCUCUCACAGCUGCACCUGCCCGUGGCCCCUCCGAACCUCCAGGCUGGGGAUGCCAUGGCCGGUGCCGGGGGGGGCCUGGCUGCCAUCUUUGACACGGUGGCACGCAGCGAGGCACUCUUCCGGAGGGACCGGUUCGGCGAGGGCCCCGUGCGGCUGAGCCACUGGCAGUCGGAAGGUGUGGAGGCCAGCAUCCUCGUGGAGCUGGCCAAGUGGGCCUCAGGGCCCGUCUGUCUGCUGCUGGCCUUCCUGCUGUCACUCAUCUCUAGUGCCAGUGCCUGCCGGGUCUUCAGGCUGUGGCCGCUGUCCUUCAUCUGGAGCAAGCUCCACACUUGCGAGCAGCUCAGGCACCGGCUGGAGCAGCUCACCCUCGUCUGCAGUGCCCAGAAGGCUGACGGCCCUGGCCAGCUGAUGAGGAAGGCAAACGUGCUUGCAUCCCUGCUACUUGACAUGGCCCUUGGUCUGGCGCUGCUGUCCUGGCUCCAUGGGACGGACCGCAUCGGGCAGCUGGCCGAUGCCCUUGUCCCCGUAGCUGAUCGUGUGGCCGAGGGCCUCCAGCAUCUGCUGCAGUGGCUGAUGGGGGCACCCGCUGGGCUCAAGAUGAACCCGGCGCUGGACCAGGUGCUGGGCCGCUUCUUCCUCUACCACACGCACUUGUGGAUCGGCUACAUCCACCUCAUGUCCCCCUUCGUUGAGCGCAUCCUGUGGCACAUAGGCCUCUCGGCCUGCCUGGGCCUGACGGUCGCCCUGUCCAUCCUGUCGGACAUCACCGCCCUCCUCACCUUCCACAUCUACUGCUUCUACGUCUACGGCGCCAGGCUGUACUGCCUCAAGGUCUGUGGCCUGUCUUCACUCUGGCGCCUGUUCCGGGGCAAGAAGUGGAACGUUCUGCGCCAGCGGGUGGACUCCUGCUCCUAUGACCUGGACCAGCUGUUCAUCGGGACUCUGCUCUUCACCAUCCUGGUCUUCCUCCUGCCCACGACGGCCCUGUACUACCUGGUGUUCACCCUGCUCCGGCUCCUGGUGAUCGCAGUGCAGGGCCUGACCCAUCUGCUUGUGGACCUCAUCAACUCCCUGCCGCUGUACUCGCUCGGCCUCCGGCUCUGCCGGCCCUACAGGCUCGCAGCUGGCGUGAAGUUCCAAGUCCUGGGCCGUGAGGCUGGCAGACCCCUCCGCCUCCUGAUGCAGAUAAACCCCCUGCCCUAUGGUCGCGUGGUGCACACCUACCGCCUCCCCAGCUGUGGCUGCCACCCCAAGCACUCCUGGGGCUCCCUGUGCCGCAAGCUGUUCUUUGGGGAGCUCAUCUACCCCUGGAGGCAGAGAGGGGACAAGCAGGAGUGAGGGACCCUGGCCACUGGCCUGCCCUACAGCAGCCACCACAUGCCACAGUCAGCCCUCCACCCCACCAGGGUGGUGUUGACUAUGGGGACAGCCCUUUGCCUUCCCUGCCCCUUGUUGUCUGGGGUCUCUGAGGACCCUGCCAGGGCCCUGCCUGACCCACUCUGAGGUCGAGGGGCAGUGAUCAGCGUGCAGGGGCGGCCAGCCAGGCCAGGUGGCCGGUGCUCCCUCUCCAGCCCUGCUUGCCUUGGGACCCACCUCCCAGUCUGUUGUGAUGGCAUUAACCCCCCAAGUCUGCCCAGGAACCCCACUCUGCCUCUCCUGCCACACCCAGACCUUGAGAGGGGUUUGCAGAACCUCUUUCCCAGGGGGGUAAGCUGUCAGGUAUCUGGCUGCUCCCUGGGGCUGCAUCCUGUCUUGGGGUGGAGGGAACCAUUCCCGGAUGCACUCAACAGUCCGUGAGACUCUGACCCCAAGCACUUCCUCCCUUGGGGGUUUCUGUAGGGGGCACUCCUGGGAGCCGAGUGGGUCCUUCCAGCUGCCCCCACGGAGCAGCAGCCAGCUGACCCCCAGCACAAGCCGGAGCCCAGUGAGUGAGCCAAUUGCUCACACCCCAAACUGCACAGGGCUACUUGCUGACGCUCCCUGGAGAUGGCUGUGCAGGAGAAGCCACCCGCAGGCUGUGGGGUGGCCAGAGUGAAGCCAGGCCACGCAGAGGGCUGGGUGCUGGAGAGUGGGCACUGCCCCCCUGCCCUGCUCCUGCCCGAGUCCUGCAGGCAAUUCCUCCCCUCUUCAUGGGCCCCUCAGGGAGCAGCUGGAGGCGGUGAGAGGCCACCCGGGCUGCGCCUGCCGCUGGGGCAGAGUGUGGGCUGGUGCCCCAGCGUCUGCAGGGGAGGAGGCUGGGGACGGCGGCCUGGCGCCUUGGAGCUGGGAAGGCCGCCUCCCCACGCAUGCUCUUGGCCCCAGGCCUCAGCGGAGGCUCACUGGGGUCCCCCCUGGGGUGGGAUGGGCCCUGGCUCUACCGUUUUAUUCUGUGACAAUAAAGCCUCCCACCUGCUUGCAGUGUA